GGAACAGACACAGCGGGGGCCCCUGGCUUCCUUUGCCAGGGAACCACCGGCGAGGAGGCUGAGCUCCAGCUGCAGGAGCAGGGAGCGGCUUCUCAGCCUCAGGGGUGUCAGGAGACCAGGCUCAGCUGACGCUUCUGGUUUUCUUUGGGGAUCAGCUUUUGGAAGAAGGGGAUGGUGGCUUGGGGCUCUAGAAAGCAUCCCUUCCCAGAGAUGUCACCGUCCAGUUUGUGUCUGCUCACCGUUGUCGCCCUGAUUCUGCCCAGCAGAGGGCAGACGCCAGCAAAGGCCACACCAGGUUCUGCGAUGGACCAGACUUCCGUGAAUACUCCAGUCCCAGUUCCAGAUGAAACCAACCCAGAAGUCCAGCCUACCCCUCCCAUUCCGAUCGGGGAGACUGAUGAAACCUCACAAAGCCAGACAGCGGCCAAAACUGAGAUCCAGCAACCGACAGGAAUGGACACCAUAAAUCUGGCGACAAUGCCAGGGACACACAUGAGCAGAGAGAAAGGUACGACGGCACCCCCUGAGAUGGGGUCUCCAAGCCCAACCAUAGAGGAAGUGUGGUUCUACUUUUCUGAUUCACACGCCUCGGAUGAGAACAACCCCUUCUACUACGAUGAUUUCACUCUCAGGAAGCGGGGACUCCUGGUGGCAGCAGUGCUGUUCAUCACCGGCAUUGUCAUCCUCACCAGUGGGAAGUGUAGACAGUUGUCCCGAGUAUGCCUGAAUCGCCACAGGUGAGUGGGGACUGACACCCCAAUGGGCAGCCCAGCUGGAGCCUCCAUGCCACAGCAGCUCACCACCCCCUGCCGCCUCCCUCUGCCCCAAGAGCCUACAGAGUGGCCAACACAAAAUGAUUCUCGAAGGAAGAGGCCACUGGAGGGAGCCAGGACUUAGACCGGUGGCUUCCCCACCCCGAGGGUGCCUGCCCUGACCCUAUCUAAUCUGUUCAGAUAAAUCCAAGUGGUUUUUCUUCCAUG